ACACAAAACGUCGUCUCAUUCAAUUUCGGUUUGACUGUACACUUGAUUGUUCGUAUUGGUAUUUCGCCGGCUAUUUGUGGUUAUCACCGGCAUCAAAUAGGAUUAUAUUGCAAAAUUCAAUUAGUUUUGCUGAUUCAUAAUACGUGCCCGGUUGUCCAGUAAUCACAGUACAGAGUUCUAGGAUAAAAGCAUGUCCACCUGGUUGCCACUCGAAUCCAAUCCUGAGGUUCUCAACAAGUACCUUGUGAAAUUGGGUGUAUCGCCAGCAUGGAGCAUUGUCGAUAUAUACGGAAUGGACGAUGAACUUCUAGCCUUUGUGCCAUCUCCUUUGAAAUCGUUGAUAUUUUUGUUUCCGUGCUCUAAUGUUUAUGAAGAGUUCCGCGCCAAAGAAGAUGAGGAACUUAAGGCAAUUAAUAUAGAGCACCCUGAAAAUCUGUUUUAUAUGCGUCAAUACGUUCAUAAUGCUUGCGGAACAAUUGCACUGGUCCAUGCAGUGCUCAAUAACCCUGACAUUGAACUGGAGGAAGGAAGUUUCAUCAAGAAAUACUACGAUUCUACCAAAGAUUUAACUCCGGAGGAACGUGGCAAGGCACUGGAAAACGACGUUGGAUUCAUUGAGACACACGAGAGUGUGGCAAACGAGGGCCAAACCGCCGCUCCCGAUAUUAACGAGAAGGUAUACCAUCAUUUCAUCGCGUUCGUACACUUCGAUGGAAAGCUGUACGAACUGGAUGGGCGGAAGAAUUUCCCAGUAGUUCACGGAGAGACUUCGCCGGACACUUUGCUGAAGGACGCAAUCGCGGUGUGCAAGCAGUACAUUGCACGUGAUCCGAACGAAGUGCGAUUCACUUUGCUAGGAUUGGCCGCCACCCAGUAAAAAACUCGAAAUGUGAAUCUCAAAUAUGAAAGAGCAGCGCGCUUUAUCUAUAUCAGCAUAAGCAAACCCGAAUGAAUAUGGACCUAUCGCAUUUUUCGAGCAAAUUUGUUGCUUUUGUAAGUCAACGUUAAAAUUAUAAGUCUGCAUUUUAUUAUAUACAAGCUUUAUUUGUGAUAAAAAUAAAUUCGAACAAGUGCAA